GAACCGAUUGUCACCCCGGACCCGAUGUCAAUGUUCCGAGCUCAAGUCACUGAGACCUCACUAACAUUAUUUUCUACGUCGGAUGCACGUCAACCUCAUUAAGCCUUCUCGUCCCCAAGACCCCAGCCUAUAGGCCAUAGUAUAUAUAUACUCAUAUCCUCUCAAGUUCUACAUCAUCAUGGCUCAGUCUCACUUGAAUCUACUUGCCUCACAGCUCACAGCUCUCCAAGCAUACAACAAUGGUGCUCAGUUUGCCAUUAUUGAUGGCCACUCAUUGGACGUCCCUUCGGUUGUCGCUGUGUCACGCAAAAAUCAUGUUCCCAAACUUGAAGACUCGGAUGCCAUCAAAAUUCGCGUCGCUGCUGCUGUCGAUGUUGUUCAGAAUUUGGCACUUGAAGCGCAGUCUCAAUAUGGCGUUACCACUGGAUUUGGUGGAAGUGCAACCACACGAACCAGAAGAACUGUACUUCUACAGAAAGCUCUCCUAGCCUGUAUACAAUGUGGUAUUCUUCCUGACUUCAGGUCCAAGGGCAUGAAGGAUUUGACUCCAGAAGAUUAUUCAUUAAUGUUGCCUCAAGAUUGGGUUCGUGGCACUAUGUUUGUGCGAUUGAACUCUAUUAUUCGCGCGCAGUCGGGUACUCGUUGGAACAUAAUAGAGAGUCUCUAUAAGCUUAUUCAAGAGAAUGUUGCACCUUGUGCCCCCCUUCGCCAAAGUAUUAGCGCAUCUGGAGAUUUGGGUCCUCUAGCAUACAUCUCGGGUGUACUCACCGGUAACCCAGAUGUAUUUGCUUGGUACGGGGAAGGGGAGGACAGGAAAAUCUAUGACUCCGCUACCUUGUUGAGAAAACUGAAUUUAGCGCCAAUUGACCUCAUUGCCAAAGAAGGUUUGGCCCUUGUGAAUGGAACUGCAGCUUCUGCAGCGGUGGCGGCCUUGGCAAUUCACGACUGCCAUAUCCUUGCAUUGGCUGCACAGGUUCUUGCUGCCUAUGCCGUCGAAGCUAUCAAGGGAUCGCAAGAGCCCUUCCAGCCAUUUCUACAUGAUUUAUCUCGCCCACACAAGGGCCAGAUUGAGGUCGCAGCUAACAUACGACACAUUUUGAAGUCUUCAAAGCUUGCCCGCAUUCAACACGAAGAAUCAGAUCCAGAGGGGCAACUCCGUCAAGAUACCUACUGCGUUCGGGGUUCGCCACAGUGGAUCGGGCCCUUGCUAGAAGAUCUGAUGCUUGCCCAAGAUCAGAUCGACAUUGAGCUCAACUCGACUACAGACAAUCCUGUUGUUGACAUUGACUCGAAUUAUAUUCAUCAUGGUGCUAAUUUUAUGGCGAUGUCAAUUACAUCUGCUAGCGAGAAGAUGCGUCUAUCUCUGCACCAUAUGGCAAAACUUACGUAUUCACAACUAACAGAGCUGUUGAACAACCAUAUGAACAAAGGUCUUCCACCAAAUUUAUCUGUAAAUGAGCCAAGCGUGGAUUAUUGCAUGAAGGUAGCAGACGUAGCAGCAGCUUCAUACUUGUCUGAGAUCGCAUACCUUGCAAAUCCAGUGAGCACACACGUCAUAUCCGCAGAAAUGCACAAUCAGGCUAUCAACUCUCUGGCCCUCAUUAGUGCACGUUACACUGUGGAUACGAUAAAACUGGUCAGAAUGAUCAUGUCCACCCAUUUGUAUUCCCUCGUUCAAGCAACUGAUCUUCGAGCAAUGGAGUUUAAUUUCCGUUCUUUGCUGUUUGAAGCCCUUCGAUCGGAAACUAUGUCUCAAUUCGGCCAUAUAUCCUCUAUCGCUGUCGACGACGACGAUUUCUUCCAGGGCUUGAUUCAUCCUCUCGUCGUGCUCUUGAACGCAAGUACAUGGGAGGACAGUGGUUACCGGUUCGAAGGUGUAUUCCGGAAAUUAUCCGGAUAUCUUCAGAAACAGUUGAAGCCGAGAAUUCAUGCGGACAAAGACAUAAAUUUAUCAGCUAUCGAAGAAUGGCAAGAGAUUAUGAGCGGUCGAGCUCGAGAAGCCUUCGUUCUUUCCAGAGAUACCUAUGUCCCUUCGGCAGGUUCAAAAGGACACGACAUGCUAGGGCGUACGAAAGCACUAUACAAGUUCGUUCGAGGGGAGCUGGAUGUUCAGUUGCAUUGGGGAGAUCCCGAAAAGGAUAAAAGAGAGAUUGGGACAGAGAUUUCGAAGAUCUUCCGGGCAUUCGAGAAUGACAGUAUUGCGCCUAUCCUGCUGGAUGUAGUAGGCGGACGACUGUGACGUUCAAUCUGCGCAGUUGAAUACAUCAAUCGGUAGUAGGUGUUAUCUUGACGAGAAUAUGCAAGUUGUGCGAGGCAGUACCACAUUGUAUCCAGUCAGCGCUAGCACAAAGGUGUAUAACUUUGAAAGAGAGCCAAUCAGCAAGAAGAAGGCUUAGAUUAUAAUGAAUCUAGAGCCGAAUAAGGAGGAAGCAUCUGCAGCAACACUGAAAGAAAUUAAGAGGCAAUAUUUUGGAAGAACAGAUAGCGAGCAGGCUAGUCGUGACUGUUAC